AAUUAAAAAAAAAAAGAAAUCAUCAUAGGUUCAAAUCAUCGCUCUUAUUAUUAUAAUAUUACGAUUUAAUAAAUAAUAACGUGCGAAGUAGAAGUGUCAAUGGUUUAAAUUAGCCGCUAUUAGGUACCAUAUUUAAAGCGUCAUUGGGCUCCAUUUUCAGCGGUAUUGAUUUUUUAGUAUAACAUAGACGUUCGUAUUCAUUUAAACGUAAGGUAAUAAAAUUUUUAAAUUUCACCAAUCAUCGGAUAGCAAAGUCAUAAAUGUACAGUAUUUUUUAUUUAUUUAAUCAACUAUGAUAGCGCUCACACACGUCCAACGUGUACGAAUGUUGUAUAAAAUGAUUUUGAGGUUACAUCGUGGUUUGCCAACAGAAAUUCAAGCCCUUGGAAAUGAAUAUGUUCAUGAUGAAUUUAGGAGACACAAAACAUGCAAUCCCACUGAGUCGCAUAUCUUUUUAAACGAAUGGACGGAUUAUGCGUUGUCGUUAGCUAAACAACUUGGAUUGCGAGGACCACAGACAUCAGAACCAAUAGGAAAAAGUUUAAAGGAAGAAGAUUUUGAUAAAUUAAGGGAUGAACAAUUACAUCAAUUAUAUGAAUUAAUGAUAGCAGCAACAGGAAAAUCUGAAAAUAAAUUUAGUAAAUAAUAAAUUCAAUAUUUGUGAAUGUAAAGAAAGUACAAACUUAAAUAUUUUAAAAUAUUUCCAAUAUUUAAUUCAAAUAUAGUCUAAGAGAAUUGCAGUAAAAGGAUUCUAUCAUUCUAGUUCAUAAUUAUAAAUGCUCUGUAAAAUUC